AUCAUUCUCAGCCACAUGAACACACAGGCUGAUCAAAUUUCUCUCACACAGGAAAGGUCCUUACCCGCGGAUACUCCAUCUCUGGAGGUCCAUUUCGCAAAACCGCGCCAGCACCAACCGCCGGUCGUCUCGUCCCCUUCCUCCUCCCGCCUCGUCUCCGACGACCCCAUCGCCUCCGCCCUCGCCUCGCCUCGCGCACUCUCCGAUCCAAUCCCUCCCUUCCCUUCGCCGGCGAUGCAUCCCUCCUCCGGCGCGGGGGACUACGCCCCCUACUACCCUCCUUACCCCUCCCCGGCUUCCGCGCCGCCUCCCGCCGCCGCCUACCCGUCGGUGUCCGCCCCGGCUUCCGCGCCCCCGUACUCGUCGUACCCCGCGGACUUCGCCCCCGUGCCGUCGUACCCCGCGUACCCGCCCGCCGACCUCUCCCACUACGCGCCGCCGGCCACCGCGCCCGCGCCCGCGCCGCCGCAGCCGUACUACCCCUACGAGCCGGCGCCGCCGCUCCCGCACAACCCGGUGCCCCCGUACCCGUCGCUGGAUCGGGCGGGGACCUACGGCUACGGAUCCGGCCCUGGCUCCGGGUACGGCCAGGAGCUGUACCCGCCCAAGCCGGCGGGCGGGGGCGGGGGCGGGUGGUCCGACGACGGUGCGUACGCGUACGACGGCGGCGACGCGCCCGAGCCCUACGGGGCCAGAGGCACAGCACCGAGGUUGGGCUCGGGAUCCGCGCUGUUUGAUGACUACGGGAGGUCCAUUGGCUCAGCUGCCGAUAGGGGUGGUGGCCGCGGGGGUAGUGCGGCCAGCCCCAAGGUAGUGAGGGCCGUGCCCAAGGCAGAGACGUCAGAGGACGUCAGGGGUGGGGUGCAGAAGUUCAGGGUCAAGCUGCUGCCGGAGGGGGCUGGGAGCCCCAUGGAUGUGCUCUGCCAGGUUGGUUUGGAUGGAAUUCGGAUGCUUGAUCCCAACACUGGUAGGACACUAAGAAUAUAUCCCCUUGAAACUGUAACUAGAUGGGAUGUAUUAGAUUCCUCUAUCUUUGCCUUUUGGUCCAAGAGUUCAGUGGAUGUUGAAGCAAAAAGAAUAAGGCUGAAAUCAAACAGCUAUACAUCCAACACCAUUCUUGACACAGUCACAGCUGCGACUGUGCAGUUCAAGGAGAUGGGUGGAAGCAGCAUUUCAAGAAGUAGAGCCAUUGCUGAUGCAGCCAAGCCUGCUGAGCAGCAAAAUGAGAGGAAGAAAAAUUUCCUUGAUUGGAGGAAUUUAAUGAAGCCUAUGAAUGAGGAGAAAGAUCACUGGGUCCCAGAUGAAGCUGUCAGCAAAUGCACAGCAUGCGCAGCAGAUUUCAGUGCUUUCAACCGCAGGCAUCACUGUCGAAACUGUGGCGAUAUUUUCUGCGAUAAGUGCACCCAGGGAAGAACUCCUCUGAAUACGGAUGCUGAUGCUCAACCAGUUCGAGUUUGUGACAGAUGCAUGGCUGAAGUAACGCAAAGACUUAACAAUGCAAGGGAAGUGACAAAUCGACCUAUUGUUCAGAGCCAUGAGGAUCUUGCCAAAAAGCUUCAGGAAGCCAUGGAUAUAAAUAAAAGGUCAUCUUCAGGGACGAGGUCUUCGGAUGCUUCUGGCAAGCGAAUGCGGGAGGUCGCGUGCCCAAUCUGCACAGUCCAUCUUCAGGUACAGAUCUUGAAGCGUUUGCAGCAACAAGCAUUUUAUGACAUUAUGCAGCUGAGGGAGAGACAAGAGAAAGUUGAAAGAGUGAUCUCGUUGUUCAAAGCUACCAAAGUUGGUCCAUUCGCAGAAGAAAGCACUCGGGUCAAGGGCGUUAUCAAUGUUGCUGGCUCGCUCCCAAGAGAUAUCUCAGAAGCAGAAUCUGGUAUCAGUUCACGGUUUGUGUUUGAGGCUCCCGUCAGGAAGAAGGACUCCCUCUUUGUUGAGCUCAGCACUGAUAAUAGAUGCAUGGCUCAAGAAAAUGAUCAAAUUGAGACCCCUUUUGCGCUGUCAAAGUUGAUGUACCUGUCGAAUAUCAGUGACUCGUUUUCUGUUGCUGCUGUACCGAAAGGAGCAAGGUGUAAAGAUUUUUCAACAGACCAAAAUAUCCGAGAGGAACACUGGCUGGCCAGUUUGCGUUCUUCGUUGAGGCCACCUUUGCUGAGUAAAAUUCACAGAUACGGUGGUGGCCUAAUACUGAGAUCGAAGAACUUUGCUGUUUCUCUUGCGGAGCUGAUUUCAAUUGCUGGGAGGCCAGUAAAUGAUGGUGGAGCCAGCAGAGUUUAUACAGAGUUUGGGCAAAUCUCGUACCAGUUCCCUGAUGACAUAAAGUUGACCCUGUCUGCUGCUUUGCAUGGACCCAGUGUAAUUCCUCGGAAGAGGAAACCAACUGCUGGAGGCUGUGUUGAUCUUGAACUGGAAAUUGAUGAGGACACCAGAUUCGGGGCCUGGAUUGAGCUUGACAAGAAGCCAAACUCACGUUUACUGAGAUGGGCCGUCACACUAUCAGAUACACCCCAGGGUGACCUUGGAUGGGGCGUAAGCUUGCGUAGAGGCACUGAGGCCAAACCACAACUGUUUCAGGUGGAGGGAUUUCUGAACCUGCAUCUGGGGAAGACUGCUGCCGUGCAGCCUGGCAUUGUGUUCAACGUUGAUGGGAGGAGGUGCAGACCUGGUCUUGUAUUCCACUCGAGUUGGUCGUUGUGAGUCUAGUGCAGGAACUUUUGGUUGAACAGAUAAUGCUGCUGGAAUUGUCAGGUGGAAAGAAAACGAUUCAUUGACAAGCGCACGGUGCAUUGCACCGAUUAUUUUGACGUGUUAUAACUUGUAAUUUUAGUUUUGAUAUCCCUUUACCUUCACGUAGAGUUUUCUAGAUAUGAUGAACCAUGUUGGGACAGAGCUUGUGAAGAGGCACCGAGGCCAAACAGCAACUGUUUCAGCUCAACGUGGAUGUGACUUGUGAGGAGGUGCAGACCUGGUCCUGUAUUCCACUCGAGUUGGCCCUUGUGAUUCUGGUGUAGGAACUUUUGGUAGAUCAGAGAAUGCUGAUGGAAUUGUAUCAGGUGGAAGGAAAGUGAUUCAUCUAGAAGUGCAUGAUGCGUUGGCACUGAUUAAUUUCAGGGCUAUAACUUCUAAUU